GUUAAGAUAGUUGCAUUAAUAAAGAAUUUCAAUUAAGCGAUAACAUUUUUAAGAAUAUUUAUAAGGUCUUCGUCUUAAUCUGUUUGUUGUGUAAAAUGUUCUGUAUUCGAAUUUUCUGUUCAAUGAAUGUUUAAAAAUAGAACAUAAAAUGUUGCGGAUUUUUUUAAAAACGUUGCGACCUCUCAUUAGUACCAAAAUAAGAGCAGUGGGCGGCGUGGGCGACGGGGGUGCCGUGGGCAAGGAGCAGCAGCUGGCAGCGGCCCUGCGACGUGCACUGCCCGGCAUCACCUACCUCAGCGUCGAGGACAUCUCUGGCGGCUGCGGCGCCAUGUUUGAAGUAAGUGUGGAAGCUAAAGAAUUUGCGGGCCUAUCUCGCGUGAAGCAGCAUCGCUUAGUGACAGAGUCCCUGAAGGAUGAAAUAGCAGAAAUGCACGGGAUACGCAUUCACACAACGCCGCCUACAUCCCCUGAAUAAAGUACAAUAAAGCUAUAGCUACAUAAUAUUAGUCGUUGUUUUGAAUAAAAUUUUAUUAAAAUAUUAAAACAUUGGUAUUCUUUUGGUUGAUUUAAGAAAUA